AUGGACUCCUUCAACUCCAAAGUCUACGCCAUAACUGGGAUAUCAGGCAUCGGUCUCGCAGUUGCCAAACAACUCCGCAAAUGCGGCGCCCUCGUCUCUCUCGCAGAUAUUUCCCAACCCGCCCUCGACGAAGCCUUCGCGGCCCUUGGCUCUUCAGUCGACCACGUCCUCAUUACAAGGGUCGAUGUCUCCUCCUCCGCUCAAGUCAAUGCCUGGAUUGCAGCCACUGUGGAUAAGUUUGGCCGUCUGGACGGUGCGGCAAAUAUGGCCGCCGCUAUUGGGAAACACCACGGUAUCCGCGAUUUGGUGGACCAGGAUGAUGAUGAGUGGGAUGUGAUUAUGCGGGUAAACUUGACAGGGAUGAUGUAUUGUGUACGGGCUGAAUUGAGGGCCAUGAUGACAGCGCGGCAGGGGGAUGCUGCUAUCGGUGCUGGUGCUGGUGCUGAGGGCAUUGGGAGCAUUGUUAAUGCCGCGAGUAUCCAAGGUGUUAUGGGGUUCGGGAAAUCUGCGACGUAUUCGGCCAGUAAGCAUGGCAUCGUAGGAUUGACGAAAUCGGUGGCCAAAGAGGUUGCUCCAGGUAUCAGAGUGAAUUGCAUCGCGCCAAGCGCAAGUGAAGGUUCCAAAAGAGGUGAUUUCCUGAAGGAGAGUUAUGCUGAUCAGGGGACCAGGGGAUCGAUUCAAACACCUCUGCUUGAUGAAGGCAGUGCUAUACAAGGACGUCUCAACCGUAUACCUGGUGCUAUAUGCCGAACAGGGACAGCAGAUGAGGCCGCACAGGUAGUUUUAUUCCUGCUCAGCGAUGCAGCCUCAUUCGUGACAGGAGCCGUGUAUAACGUAGACGGCGGCUGGGAUUUGCAAGGCGGAUAG